AUGUCUUCAAGUUCGGUCCAAAAACCAGAAAAAUAUGAAACAAUCAGACGUGAAACGAAAAUUUCCAAUGAAAUUGUUGCAUACCGACCGAUUGAAAAACUUUCCAAUUAUCAAUUCUAUUACAUAUCUCCACUGUCAGUCAAAAUGGAACAACUGAAAACUAGUUUUAGCACAGAUUAUCAACACGAAAAAUAUUCAUUGACCGAAUUGAAUCAACGAUUUCGUUACAUGCUUGAUCACAUUCAUCGAUUGGAAAUGGAACGGUCAAAAUAUAUUGCAAAAGUGGCCGAAUUACGACAAAAAUCAGUCAUGGCCAGUAUCAAUGGUAAAGAAAAACAGCAGCUUGCUCUUCUAAAGGCUGAUGUAACGAAAAUUAACUAUGCAAAAUUUGACUGUGAAUCUGAAGUGGAACUCUUUGAAUUACAAACACAAAUGUAUCAGCAAAUGGCUCAGAUUGGACAGCAAUCAAUUGAACAAGAACGAUUGAAAUUCGAGCACGAAGUCAAUCAAUCAACAUCUGCUCUCGCCAGCCUACGCGCAUCCUAUGCAGCAAUGGAGCGAACUGUUGGAACACUUCGAACAACUUUCAGAGAUACAAUUAAGCAAUAUACAGUGGUGGCCAAAGAUUUGGCUGUAGUGAAGAAACAAGCAAGGGCAUUGCAAUUUAGUUUGCAAAUGGGGAAACUUGAAAUUAAAUUUUCCAAAGCUCUGUAUUCUAAAACUGAUUGUUUUUCAAUGGAUAUGAAUGACUUUGCUCAAUUCUGGAAGGUUGAACGGGAACAAAUUAUCAAGAAAAUACGUGGUGAUUUCGAAGUACUAUAUGCAGCAAUUCAAAAAGACAUAACUACUCAUUACCAAAAGAAAACCAAACAAAUGCAAAUUGAUUUAGAACGAGCAACAGAUUCGGAAAAAUUUGAGCGAUUAGAAUGUGGAAAGAUAUUUGGGAAGCUUCAAAUUGAAUAUCAAGAAGAGCAAAACAACCAUUCCUAUGAAAAAGCAGCUCUACUAAAAGCACAGUCCUUAUUUUCUAAAUUAGAAUCUGAAUUGCAAGCCAUUAAAAUUCAGAAUGAAAAAAGAUUCGAAGCACAAUUGAAGCAUGUCGAAUCUUUAAAUGAAAAUAUUCUGAUUAUGACUAGCAAUGUUGAAGAAAUGGAACGAAAAAAGAUCUUCUUAGCGCAUGAAAUUAUCAUUUAUCGUCAUUUGUUGGGUAAGAGUGACAUGCAAAAAACAGUUGAAACUACAAUUAAGAAAGCAAGAACAUAUGUUGAAACACUUAAAUGCGGAGGAUCGAUCGGCAUCGAAUGUCCUCUGGAAUGUACAUACAUAGCUGUGAAGAAUCAGUCGACAGGAGAAACUGUUGACAUUUCGAGAUGGCGGUUGAUACGACGUGUUGAUUCCAAGGUGGUAUUCAAGUACACAAUACCCAAUGAAACUCAAGUUAGGCCAGGUAGCGAAUUUCGAGUCUAUUCAAGAUUAGGUGCUGAAGUUGCUCAACUAUCAUCAAGUGCAAAUUCGUUUUUGUCAUCCUCAUUUCAGAAAAUUACUAUGAACGAUGUAUUCACCAUGAGCAUCGGUGAUAGGAUCGAAACACAACUCCUUAACGAAGGUAACCAAGAAGUAGCAUUAUGCAUACAAGUCGCAGAAACUGAUUGGGAGGAAUUACUUUGA